UUAAUGAAUUUAAUACUAUAGAUUCGCAAGUAUGGAGCUAUAAUGUAAAUAAUUUGAAGAGAUUUUAAACUGAUCUUUAAUAUUGAAGUAAGCAGCAUCUUAUUUUAUGGCUAGCUACCCAUCUACAUUGUUAACUAGUGGCAAGAAACUUGUAAGUUCAAAAAGUGGUCUUCGUAUGUUAUGUGUAAAUGAUGCAGAAAAAUCAGCAUUUGAAAUUAAUGAACCAAAUUGGCAGGUGGAUUGUGAGCAACCAGUAUGCAAUAAGUGCAGCAAAAAGUUUACAUUCAAAAUCAGAAGGCACCAUUGCAGAAGAUGUGGAAAAAUAUUUUGUAGCGAUUGCUGCAAAAAUAAGUUAGCCUUACCGAGACUUUCUUUUGUUGAUCCACAACUAGUUUGUACUGACUGCCUCCAUGUGGCAAAAAAAGAGAUUAGUCUUUAUGAAAACUUAGUUCCAAUACUAACAAAAGGUGCGGAGUUUCUUGCAAAGGAAAAUCAGUCUGUUUUUUGUAAGCUCGACGUUAAAUCAUUGAGAGAAUUGGUUUUUAACUGUUUAUCACCAGAUGGAUAUCUAGAAGGAGUUUUGUUGCGAGAGAUUGAGUCAUUCCAGUGUUUAACUGAUCCAUUGGAGCAAAAUGUUGAUGGUGUUGGUCUUGUUGGAGUCAAUAUAAAAUACAAAUCAGGAGUAGAACUCAAAACUCUAAAGCUGAUGGUUCCAAAUAGCAUUAUCAAUCGCAAAGAUGCUGUCACUUUUUUGCUUACGCUACAGAAGGUUGUUCGACUCAUUUUUGAUUCCAGUUAAUCUUGUUUAAAAGAUUUUUAAUUAUUCGUUGA